CAUACCGGCUUUUUGAAGCUGCCAGUGUUUCGUUAAAAUUCUUCCAUAACUAAGUAUAAUUAAAAAGUCAAGGUGGUAAAGAUAAUUAACAAGUUUAAGUAACGUUCUGCGUAUGCAAGAAAUUACCCACUAGUGCAUUGAUUUAUUAAAACUUUGAAACAUAGAUAUAUAUAUAUAUAUAUAUAAUCAAGGCAGUGAAGGUUAACUAUACCAGUAAACACGAUGAUGCGGACGACUAGGAAGGGAUGCAAAGAAUUGUUAAUGCAGAGGAUGUUUUUAGCCAUUAUUUCCAGUAUAAUAGUACAAUUCUUUCUUAUAUCUUCUUUGCUUCUAGUCAUGAAUUUAAACACAAAUUACGGAUCGUGGUUUCAAAAUACAUGGACAACGAUAACCUCGCUCCGAAUGUGGAGUUAUUUCUGCAUUCUUGCUACCAUCACGUUCUUCCAAGGAAUUAUUUGUAGCAAAAGCUUUUCAAAUACUCCACCCUACAUGAAAAGCAGAUUUGCAAAAUUUUGUGGAAUAUUCACAUCUCAAAAUAUCUUACUAUGUGCUCUGCAUAUUAUCAGUAGUGGACUCCUUGUUUGGUUGCAUUUGUCAGUCAAUAGAGGUACAUACAGUUUCUUAACAACAGAGUGCAAGAUAGUAUAUGGAACUUGUUUAAUUGAAGAAAACUAUAUCCUGUUGUUAAGUGGAUUUUGGAGUGGAUUGUAUUUCUUCCAAAAGACUAGCAUCUUCCGUGUGAAUUAUUUAAAAUUUCCUAUUAUAUCUCUGUCAAAGAUUUUUCGAUUUAAGACAGAAGUGUGUUCAAUGCUUCCAUCAUUAAUGGGAAAGUGCAUAUGGCCAGUUCUAUAUUAUCUGAGUGGCUAUUAUUUUUUGGGUUCCUACUGCCGUUCCAUAAUAUUAUUCCUAGCUUCUGCACAAUUGGAAAGUGAACCAUUGAGUAGCAUUCCUAAUUUAUUGAAUGUAUCAUUGAUUUUUCAAUUAUGGUUGUAUCACUUGAUUUUUGUAUUGACAAUCGAAAGCAUGUAUUUGUUAUUCGAUCUGUAUUUAACAGAAUGGGUUCCCUUUGAGUUUAAACAGACUAAUGUAUUUAAUAACGAUGACUCUGGGAUAACUCUUCCUGAAGCAUUGUCUAUGGAUAAGAUUCCAAUAAUGCAACACUUAGGCUAUUUGGAUUUAGUUACUAUGGCACAAAAAGAAAAGUCAAGAAGAGGCAUACUAUUUACACUGAGUCAACCUGGUGGUCAUCCUUACAAUUGGAAUUGUCUUCUGGAAAAAUGUACUAGUUUUGUUAAGACAUUUACAGAUGAUCUUAACCAAGCAUGUAUUAGAUCUCAGGAACAAAUACAAAUGAGUGUUCCAAUACCAGCUGCAAUAACAAAAGGCAGUACAGUUCGAAGAGAAUAUGUGUACCAUAUGCGCAGUUUAGUGAAAGAAGAAACAGCAGUGCCUACUCAAGAAGAUGAGAUAAAGAAAGAUGUUGAGAAUGAAUUAUUCAUUCAAAAGUUUAUAAAAACGAAAUGGAACGAUUUUCUUGCAUAUUUGUUCUCUAAGCCCCUGAUUUUUUACAUCUUUGGUGAAAUUGAAGGUGGCAAAGUAUGCCACAUUUUAUUCAAUGGACAAUCAAUUAUUUGGGCCAUUGAUGCUAUUUCUUCCUUAGCUGUGCUAUCAUUAGAUGAAGAUUCCUAUGGAAUUGUGCAAAAGGAUCUACCACUUAUAAUCAAUACUUUACUUGCAUUGAAACAGACACUUGACAAAUUACACAAGUCAAACAUUAUGACAAAGAAACACGGAGAUGAAAAAUUUAUUAAACAAAUCUUUCAAUCAUUAUGUGCCGCCACAAAACGAAGUCUCUACAGAAUAGCUAUAAAUUUUGAAGAUUACAUUGAAGAUGUGCCACUAGAACCGACAGCAAUGGAGCAUUUAUAUAAUUUCCUUGCGUACAGGGAAUAACUUUUCUAGUUUACUAUUCAUAAACUGUAAUGUAUAUAUUA